CGCAGCUGGCGUCGACCCGCGAAGAGAGAAAAUUCCCCAACCCUCCAACUCCUCUUGAUAUUCAACCCUCCUAAUCCCUUCCGCAUGCUUGACCAUGACGAUCGCUGAUGCCGAGAUCGAGAUAAUUUCUGACGCCAAGUCGAACGAUCUUCCAAACGGAAACCCCAAUCCUUCUAAACCCGCUGAACCCAUCAUCGUCGAUGUCCACUCCGCUUCCGCCUACGGUGACCUCCAGAAGCUCCGUUGUUUUGUUGAGACGGACGGUCAAUCCCUUUCUAAGCCCGACGGCAACGGAUACUAUGCGCUGCAGUGGGCUGCGCUCAACAACUACGCCGACGUUGCACAGUAUAUAAUCGAGCAUGGCGGUGAUGUCAACGCUGCGGAUAACACGCAACAGACAGCUCUACACUGGGCAGCGGUUCGGGGUUCUAUAGCUGUUUCUGAUGUGUUGCUUCAGAGUGGAGCUUGGAUAGAGGCUGCGGAUCUAAAUGGUUACCGGGCAGUUCAUGUUGCAGCUCAAUAUGGCCAAACAGCUUUCCUAAAUCACAUUGUUGCAAAGCAUGGUGCUGAUUUUGAUGCUCCUGACAAUGAUGGGAGGAGCCCUCUUCAUUGGGCUGCUUACAAGGGGUUUGCUGAUACAGUUAGGUUACUUCUGUUUUGGAAUGCUUGCCAAGGAAGGCAAGAUAAAGAAGGCUGCACGCCUUUACACUGGGCUGCUAUUAGAGGUAACACAGAGGCAUGUAAUGUACUUGUCCAGGCGGGUACUAAAGAAGAAUUGACCGUGAAAGAUAAAUCGGGAUUCACUCCAGUUCAGCUUGCCUCAGAUAGGGGUCAAAAACAUGCUGCCAUUAUUCUUUCUAAUGCAACCAGGGUGAGUGGCAUUUUCUGUGGAUAUGGAUUCUGCAAUGGAAAGCUGGCAAAGAUUGGCUAUGCUCCGAUUUUAUUGGCUUUUCUUGUUGUUCUAGUAGUUCUCUUCAUCAACUCUGUACUUGAUGCGCCAAAUUUCACAAAGAUUACGGCUGUUGUUGCACUCUGGGGAUGGACUGGUGUUUCCCUUGCAGUCGUUUCCUUAUUUAUGUUCUAUAGAUGUAGCAGCAAGGAUCCUGGCUAUAUUAAACCAAGAUUCGAAAGUUCCUUGAGCAAUGAAGGUGUUGAUGACGCUCUAUUGAGCAUUGAUCCCUAUAACUCACCUAUAUGGACAGGAAACUGGUCUCAGCUUUGUCCUACUUGCAAGAUAAUCAGGCCUCUGCGAUCCAAACACUGUCCCACUUGUAAGCGUUGUGUGGAUCAAUUUGAUCAUCAUUGUCCAUGGAUAUCCAAUUGCGUUGGUAAGAAAAAUAAAUGGGACUUCUUUGUUUUUCUUUGCUUGGGAUGCCUGACUUCUCUACUUGGCGCUGUUAUUGCAGUUCAUAGGAUGUGGACGGGAUCACCAGUCAAACCAUCUUCUGGAAGGUGGAUGCAUCAUAUGGUGACAGAACACCCCGGAGCAGUUUCUUUUCUCUUGAUGGAUACCAUCUUACUAGCAGGUGCAUCGGCUUUAACAAUAGCACAGGCAUCUCAGAUAGCACGAAACAUAACUACUAAUGAAAUGGCAAAUUCUGCUCGGUACUCCUAUCUUCGAGGCCCAGACGGGCGUUUUCGAAAUCCUUAUAAUCUUGGCUGUAAAAGGAAUUGCACUGAUUUCCUCAUCCACGGAUACAGCAAUGAUGAUGAAAUAGCUUGGCCAUCGCUUCACCAGGCUGUGAGAUGAAACUUAGCCUUCCAGGGGUGAGUUAUUUUUCUAUUCAAUAUCUGAACAUAUUAUGGAAAAAAAGAGAAGAAAGAUUUCAAAAUAAGUUAAUUGUUGUAGCUUUUUGUUGCUUA